GCUGGAUUGGCGCUCAUUAUCCAAAUGGAAAGAAUGCGCGUGGCGGAAGUUAUAGCUGCCAGAGACACCGUUGUCGAACGCCUCGAAGACGCUUACAUAUCUGUUCGGCAAAAGUCAGCAACGAUCGAUCGACUUCAGCGCGAGCUAGACGAUCUGAGGCGCCCUUCUACCCCUGCGACAUCUGUGGCGAGGGAUGAUGAUUCAUCUACGCAGCCUCCGGUGCAAGACAUUGCUACGUCAUUCGAUAUUCCACAACCAGCUCCGAGAGAAGGGGACGGUAAUUGUCAGAAUACAUCCGCCCAAGUCUUGCCUUGGCAGGUGCCUCUUUCGAGGGAAUCUGAUGUUCAGAAUAUUACCGAACCACUUCUGCUUGGCGAUGGACCUGAGAAAUUGAUUCUCGCAAGACAAGCAUUUCUUGCGACGCUUCCCCUCCCUGCUGACAUCCCAGACGACGCUCUAAACCCAAUUGUCAUUCCUCAGCCAUAUACCCUGCAUGAAUUCUUGGGCAAUACUUCUGGUGUCAGUGCCCUCCUGUCAAACUAUCGUGUCCUCGGCCAACUGACAACAUACUGGUGCCCAGAGCGCGAAGAACAUGGAUAUUUGCUUACCCCCGUUUUCAAGUGUAGCACCAAUCCCCGAGUAACAACAGCACAUCGAUGGACUGUGGCGGAUGUGAUCGGCACCAUGGACAGGCCUACUGAGUGCUUCUACAACAAGGACGGGAAGUGGUACUACGCUGGCGUAUACAAGGCUUUUCGCAUGGACGAUCUAACCACGGAAGAGUGGGAGGCUCUUUCAAUCGAGACGACGCAAACUCUUAUCAAGGAGACUCUAGCUGGCCGAAAGAACCUCUCGCCCCAGAACCUCUACGAGACUGGACAGUUGUAUGCUGUUGGUGCCCUUCGUGUUGCGUGUAUCGGACUGCAGUGUGUAGGAUUCAGCUCUGCGAUGUAUCGCGCGGUCUUGGAACAAGCAGCUCUAGGGAAAUGGCGCGGAAUAGGCUGGUCGGUACCCACCACGAUAUCAUCCAGUGACACAACAAUUGAAGGCGAUGGAAUAUCUGGACCUUGAGCUUGCUUGGUUUUGCAUCGAGGACUCUUUGCAACUUUGGAAUCAUACCCCGUUCUGGCUGUUCCGCUUGGUUUGGUCAUGGACAAUAAGGACUUUAUGGACAACUGGUUUUGUACUGCAGCUGUA